UUGUAGAACCCAUAGCGGAUAGGCUUUGAUAGAUAGAAGCCUGCACAGCUAGAGACAGAAGAGCCGAAUCCAUGCACUAACAACGAGGAAAAUGAUCAUCUGCACGAAAAAAAUGGAUUAUCGCCUCGGAACACAGUGCCAGCGCGUCCAAAACCAGGUGAAAGUGAACUCUGAGAAGGAGCGUACCUCGGCGCUGUGCAUGAAGGCUCUGGGCAGUAGGGGGCGCCUGGACUCGGUGUCGGAGCACAUGGCCUUCCACCCGCAGUACCUGGAGAGCUUCCUGCACACGCAGCACUACAUCCUCUACAUGGACGGCCCUCUGCCCCUGCAGUACCGCCACUACAUAGCCAUCAUGGCGGCAGCGCGGCACCACUGCAGUUACCUGGUGUCCCUGCACACGGCCCAGUUCCUGCGUGCGGGCGGCGAGCGCGUGUGGCUGCAGGGUCUGGAGGCGGCCCCCGCACGCCUGCGCCACCUGGACCACAUCAACAAGGUGCUGGCCCACCAGCCCUGGCUCACCUCGCGCUCACACAUCCAGGCCCUGCUGAAGAGUGGCGAGCAGUGCUGGUCUCUGGCGGAGCUGGUGCAGGCCGUGGUGCUGCUGGCUCACUGCCACUCGCUCUGCAGCUUUGUGUUCGGCUGCGGCACCGACGCCGAGCCCGUCCCCAUCCCCAGAAUCCCCCACGGCACGCCGCCCGGCUACUUCCUGAGCGACGCCGCCAACGGCAACACCACCGUGCCCCUGACGCCCAGCGUGCCUUCAGAGCGGAUACCACGGCGACGGUCUUUGGACUCCAGCUGUGACGUAGCUUUUCUCCGAGAGAGAAUACAGAAGUCCCAGGAGGAGAAAGAGCGGAGAGGAGAUCGGCUGCUGUCCUCGCAAACACUCUUGAACACAGACGUGGACGACGAAGAGGAGAUGGAGUGCUCCGCAGACCCCUCUCGCUUCGUCACCGACCCGGACUUCGGCUACCAGGAGUUCGCCCGGAAAGACGAGGAGCACUUACAAGUCCUGCGGGUGCAGGACUACUCGUGGGAGGACCACGGCUUCUCGCUGGUCAACCGGCUCUACUCGGACAUCGGCCAUCUGCUGGAUGAUCGCUUCCGCAGUGUGGCAGCGCUCCCCUCCCCACACGGCCCAGACCUCCAAAGAGCCAUUUGGAACUACAUCCACUGUAUCUAUGGCAUAAGAUAUGAUGACUAUGACUAUGGAGAAGUGAACCAGCUUCUGGAGAAAGGGCUGAAGCUUUAUAUAAAGGCAGUGGCUUGUUACCCUGACGCUACAAAGACGCCCCUCUGCACUCUGCCCUGGGCCCCACGCAAGCCUGCUGAAAAGGUGCAUGUGAACUUGUUGGUGAUGGAGGCGCGGCUGCAGGCGGAGCUCCUGUACGCGCUCCGAGCCAUAACGCAGUACAUGAUCGCCUAGGGGACGCCCCCCUCGCUGGCGGAGUGAUGGCUGGGGAGCAGGAGAGCGGGCCUGAGGGAGCGGUACGCGUGCACGCCGAUGGUACGGAUCCGGCCCAGGGCUGGGGGAACAGACCGACGCGAUGAUGGAUGGAUGGCAGAGAGAGAGAGAGAGAGCGAUGGGGCAGAUUCAUUUGCUUUUCUUUCAUCAUUCAAAGUUUACCAGUGUGCCGAGGUACUGCUGUGAAGGUUCUUUGCCAAAGGUGAAAAAAAAAACUCUCAAAAGGUGCAAAGCAAUCUCUGUUUGUGUUCAACGUUACGUUUCACUGACUUUGCCCUUAACGAUUAAUGUGCAAUUAUUAAUAUUAUUAUUGAGGAGUUCUUUUUCAUUAUUAUUGUCUUGUGAAUGACUGGCUAGUGUGUUUAAGAGAGACGAAGGACAAGGGGAUUUCAUGCCAACAUCACAUUCUCUCUCUGUCACUCUGGUCAAAAGAUCUUAAUCUCAAACAGGACUCAAGUUUAGGUCAUUCAUUGUACUGAAUGUGAAUCAUUUAGUUGGGAGAUGUCACAGAUAUCUUUUGUUCUGUGUGUCUGUGUGUGUGUGUGUGUGUGUGUCAGGGUAUUUGUUAUCGUUGUUGUUGUUUUUUUAAGCUAACAGAACAUGGAAGUAUUCCAAGUACAUGGUUUAGUGGCAAACCUGGAUAAGUUAACUCAGAGUAAGGGGUAAACCUCCUACAAAAAGAGCCCUAUGGCAUGAAGCCAUACAGAUAUUUUAUUAGGAGGUUUACCCCUCACUCUGAGUUAACUUAUCCAGGCUUGUCACUAAACCAUGUACUUGGAAUACCCCCCCAGCAGACAGUUUCUUUGUGCUCGGCAUGUGUUGAACAUGCUCUGCACAAUAGCUCAUGUGAAAGGCAAAGUACGGGGAGAGGAAAGCACAACACUCUCCGGAACACGGCAGCCAUAAUCACACCAUCUUAGUUUAUUUUAAAUAGCACUUUUUAUAAUCUGUAGAGUAACUCCUGGAGGGUGGCUGGUGGAGAUGGGGAUAUGGGAGCUGGCCCAUACUUCAGGCCUUUGUUCUGACACAGGGUGGUCCAUGGCCUUUUGGACUGGAGGUUGCCCCUUGGCCAAUUCAGAACAGAUCCCUCCCAUGCUCCUACACCCCCAAAGCACUUUGAUCCUAUGAGCUUCAUGAACACGGGAAACCUUAGGACAGUAAGACAUAUAAACAUCUCCUCUCCAUUUAGUACAGAUGGAUUCUUGAAAGAAACCUUUUCCACGUCUGCCCUGAUCUUGUUUUGUUUUUUAAUGUGGGAACAUUUGGGGAGAAUGUGUCAGUCCAGUCUAAACCAUAAGCCAUCACAGUAUUGGGCAAUAACAGUCAUACACUUUCCCUGGUUUAAACCCUUUAUUGAUAUGUUUGCCAAGCAAGAGCACUUGCUGAGUAUGAGUAUUCUUGUGGUUUAGCAGCAUUUGAAUUGGUUCUUGUCUGAUCCUUCUAGAACACUUUUACUUAUUCUUAUACCAUAUAAAAGUCACCCAUGUGUUGGAAAUCAGAUGCCCAGAUGAAUGAAGGAGUUCUCAUAUCUGCUUGAUCCCACCCUCCACCUCUUAGCCAUGCAACCAGUCUGCAGUUUUUUUUAACAUGAAGCAUUGGCAUCAUCCUGAUAAGAAUUAGCAACAGCUGAAAUAAAACAUUUCAUAAAUUGAUCUGCCAUUUUGGAGGUUGGUGCCAGAGAGUCAAUUGCUGCACCAACCAAACCCGAUGGUUUUUUCUUUCUUUUUUUUUUCUUUCAACUUUUCUGAAAUAUCCCUCAGAUGACUUUUGUGUGCUUUGAGUGUGUUUCUCAGUCUAUUUCUCUGGUGUCAAAUGCCACUGAUGGGUCGAUGGGUCUGAUCGAGGUCAUGGCAUAAGUGGGUCUGUUAGUUCUGUGAUAGAGCCAUGGUAGACUUGAGAUGAGAGCAGGCAACAAUGAUAUUUAAUGAAGGUACAAGUUUCAAGAACAGAUCAACAUUGUUACCACCUUGUAGGAAAAUGUUUUUUUUUUUUUAUGUACUUUUUAACUAAAUCUUUUUUUUUAUGUUGCAUUAGUUUGUUUCUAUGAUUGUUCAGCUAUUUUAUGUGUUUGUGUGUGUGUGUGUGUGUGUGUGUGUGUGUGUGUGUGUAUGUAUGAGAGUGUGUGUGUAUGAGUGUGUGUUCUGUUAUUUGUUGUUUUUUGGAGCGCGGGGGGGUUAUUCGCUGCUAAAUCCUGGUUCCUGUGCGCUAAACUGAGUAUCUCAGACAGCACAGUGGGAAAGACCCCUGCGUGCGUGCGUGCGUGCGUGUGGGUGGGUGUGUGGGCAUCACUGUCUGGUGUGACCACGGGUGGAGGAGCUACGCAGAUAUCAAAACGUGCUUAUCACCACCAACGGGAUGGUUGUCUGACAACAUAUGACAACAUAUGAGCUGUGAACAUGCAAAAUCAAGUCUGUCAGAAGUGUGCCACCCCUGACCAUGUGCAGUGCGGUGCCUUUUUGCAUAGGGUUGAGACGCUUAACUUGGAUGGGUGUGUGUGCGCGCGAAUGUGUGUGUGUAAAGAGACUGCAAUAUCUAUGGACUGCUCCACGGGCUGUUAACGCCAUGCAUGUGUUUGCUCUCUUGCGGUGUGGGAGUGAAGAGGAGACCAAUCAGAAUGGGCUCUGGACGAGCACGUACACCCCCCUCCCCUGGACUUAAAAAGCUGCUACUGUGGAGUCAUGGUGACUGACAGUCUGCCACCACACUUGUGUGCCCCAACAAGGAUGAAACGUUGCCCAGGAACAGGGCUGUGCUGAUUGGCUAGUCAAGAUUCAGUAGCCAAUUGUGGCGCCUCUUAUUUUUCAUUUUGUUUGCGGGCCCCUCCCAUCUGCCCAAAGAACUUGCAGGACAGUGCCUCUGACACUGGGAUUUGAAGGAGCAUGGCUAUAGCCCAGUUGUUCAAUUAUUAUUUACCACGUAAAUAAAUGGACAGUGAAAAUAAACAAAAAAAAUGUCAAAUAUAAGUGCAAAAAUGAAAAAAAAAAAAAAAACUUUUUUUCUUCGGAAAUGUGAAAACUUAUUUUUUCUAUAAAGAUAUGUGAUAUCA